AUGUUCUUCUACGCGGCUCUCGCCGUACUUGCGAUGCCGGCGGUGGCGGCGCAGCAAGUGGCCUUCAUGGCGCCUAUGCACUCGAAAAUGGUACAGGCAUCACCUUUCGGGGAAGACCACCCUGCAACAGCUGUCAAGAAUACGGGUACCCUACGGGUUACGGAGAACUCCGGUGUUUGUGAAACUACUCCGGGCGUCUACCAGGCCUCGGGCUACGCGGAUAUCGCCGAAGACAAGAGCAUAUGGUUCUGGUUCUUCGCUGCUCGUCAUGACCCGGACAAUAAACCCCUAGUUGCUUGGUUCAACGGAGGCCCGGGUGCAACGAGUAUGGUUGGACUUUUCAGUGAAUUGGGACCCUGCCGGACGCUCAAUGACUCUUCUGGCGUCGAGCUCAACCCCACUUCAUGGACUGAAUAUGCUAAUGUAAUCUUCAUUGACUCCCCCACUGGCGUCGGCUUCUCGCAGGGGACUCCGACCGUAAGCUCGGCUCGCGAGGCGGCGGCGGACAUCUGGGAGUUCUUCCAAACGUGGUUUUCUGAUGAUCACUUCAGCAAGUAUCUUGACAGAGAGUUCGGUAUAUGGACAGAGUCUUACGGCGGUCACUACGGGCCAGCAUUCUCUGAAUAUUUCCUGGAACAAAACGGUGUCUUGUCGCAAGGGCUUGCAUCUGGGCAUCCAGUCAACCUCAAGUAUCUGGGCAUCGGCAACGGUCUGACGGAUGCCUUGCUCCAGUAUCCUAAACUCAUCGAGUACUCGGAACGCAACCCUUACCACCCUCUUGUAUCCCCAGAAGACAUCGAGACCGGCAAGGUCGCAUUCGAAGGUCCUGGAGGCUGCCGCGAACGACUCGUCGCAUGCGCCGAACUCGACACCGACGCAGCAUGCAGCAACGCAACAGUCUUCUGCAACGACAAUCUCCUUUGGAAGCUACAUGGGGAGUGGGAUCCCAACUAUAUCAUCACCCCUCGCGAACGCGCGGACGAGUACCCCUCUAACUUCAUUCCCUGGCUGACGUCCAGCGACGUCGUGCAAGCGAUCGGUGCUGAGCUACCGUUCACGCCGGGGAACGCGGACAUAGCGAAGAACUUCCAGGACAAGGGCGACUGGAUGCGAAGCACGAAGCCACGACUGGAGCGCGUCAUCGACGCCGGCGUGCGAGUCGUCCUGUACGCGGGCGAUGUCGACUUCCUGUGCAACUAUAUGGGCGUCGAGAUUCUGAUGGACAACUUGCAUACACGCUUCUCCACCGAGUACGCCAAACAGGAGUGGGCGAACUACACCGUGAACUCCGUCAGCGCUGGCGUGUACAAGAACGCGGGCACUCUAUCGUACGCGCGCCUCUGGGGCGCAGGCCAUCUGGUACCUGCAUAUGGGCUGCCCGGCGUACCGAGAGGGGCGGCCGCGCUACAAAUGUUCACACAGAUCAUGUCGAAUCAAUCCCUCUCCGGGACGUGA